AUGUGUGUUCUAACUCUGAAUGAACCCCCCUCGCUGCUCGCUGCCAGAUGGCAUGAGGUUGGAGCAGCUGCGCCUGCAGCUCAACUCAAAGAAGUCGCUCCUCGCACAUGCCAACGCCGUGCUGGCCAUGCGGAGAGCAGCAUUGGCGCACGGAGGAGCAGCAAGGGCGGGUGGAGCAAGUGCGAGUUCACUCUCUCCAUCUGCGGCCUCCGCCUUCCCUCCUCUGACGCCCACAUCCCGUUGAUACCUCCGUUGGAGCUCGCAGCAGCCAUAGGCUGCUUGAUUCGACUCCUCGAUCUGCUCUCCAAGUACCUCUCCUUCCCUUUACUGCAUGUCGCUGCCUUUGCUGCAUCAUCAUCCAAGGUGUGGCAUCGACAGUCCUACUGGUCACUCACUCCCCCAACCAACCCCAGGGAUGGGAUUUCCUUCUCUCUCACACCAUCUCACUCACACGCACCGUUUCCCUCCUCUCUCGACUCCUCCUCCCACUCCCCCUCCUCCCCUCCCUUUUCCUCCAACCUCCCCUCCUCUCCCUCCGCCUCCACACACUCCUCUGCCUCCACCCUUCCUGGAAGCUUCCUCUCUUCCUCCUUCGCCUGCAACUCUCUCUUUGGCUCGUGGGCUGGGAUACCACCUUCCCCGCUACAAGACGAAGCAGGCAACCCGAUAAAUUUCUCCCAUGCCUCGGCAGCGAAUCAGCAGCUGCCACCUGGCGAGAUCAAGCAGGUUCGGCGAGGGCUGCGCUUGCUUCGGAGAAGUGCUGCCUGCCUUGCCGCCGCCCAUGCCGGCAGGUUUGGGAUCGCCAAACCUGGAGAUGAGGCUCGUGGAGGAGGUGGUGCAGAGCUGGACGACUUUGCUGAGCUGGCAAUGAUGAUGUCGGCGGCCACGCGGGAUACGCGGCUACCCUUUCUGCGCAACCAGGGAUGUGACUCGUCGUUGUUUUUCUGCCCACCAACCACUACUCAGCCUCCCCACCUAAAACCGCACCAUCCAGCCCUCCCCCCCUUCGCCGCUGCUACUUCUCCCACUGCUGCUGCCGAAGGGGGAGCAGGGGAGGGGGUGCAGGUGCCUCACGAGAACCUUCUUGGAAACUCCCUUGUUGAGGACUAUAUCAGCACAACAGCAGCAGCCUUGCCGCAAGGUCUCAAAUCACCGUGUAGAGUCAUUCCUAUAGAAGCGCGAGCACAAGUGCCCGCUUUUUCCCCACUCGACCUUUCACUCCUCCCUCUGCCCCCCUCUCCCCUCUUCCAAGCAGCACGGUCGCAGAAUACCCUGUAA